AUGAGGCCUAGGCUUGUACUUCUCGGUAGAGUUUGGGCUGGCAAGAGUCCACCAUCAGACAUGCGCAAGUGCACGGGCAUGCAGCGACGCGACAAGGCUCCUGCCCACAACCAGAGCCGCUGCUGCAACGACCAGAGCCGCUGCUGCAACGACCAGAACCGCUGCCAGGGCGUCAAGCUGCGCGCCAGCCGAGCCGGCUAUGCGCUCGAGUAUGGGUUUGCAACCGGCUGGACCCUCGCCCCAGCACUGGGACGCUGCAAGUGCACCAACCUCGUACCCUGUCAUGAUCCCGAUACCCUGACCUGCCUGCGUGCCCGCCACUGCUUUGGCGAUGACAGCAAGCCCUGUAUCGACUUCAAGCCUUGCACGCAAGACGACGAUACCCCAAUGUCGAGCACGUUUACAUUCUACGCCGCCUGUGUUGGUGCGGACAGGUCUACGCUCAUGGCCAUCGAACGCUCCCACAUAUACGGGCGCCUGCGUGCGGUUCUUGAUCAAUGUCGGCGUCUCACAAAGCCCUGCCGUGUUGCGCUGGGCAGUGAGGACCAUCUACACUUUGCCAAUGCCAACGUCGGGGGCAUCUACACUCUCCAAGUCGCCGUUCUGGCUGCCAAGCGCGCAUCCUUCCUCACUCCCAGACGUUCCAAAAACUCUGACCUCGAUGACAUCGACAUCGACAUCGACAUCGACAUCGACAUCGACAUCGACAUCGACAUCGACAUCAACAUCGACAUCGACAUUGACAUCGGCAUCGACAUCGACAUCGACAUCGACGUCCACGUCCACGUCCACGUCCACGUCCACGUCCACGUCCACGUCCACGUCCACAUCUACAGCAGAGUCCGUUUCCAAGUCGACUACUGCACCAACACCCAAGUCCGAAGCUACACCCACGCCUACGUCCACAUCAUGGUCUCGGCCCAAGUCUACGUCAAGGUCUCCGCCAACGCCGACGCCGAGGUUGACGUCUCGACCCACGGAACCCGCGCCUACGUCCACUUUCCCAUAUGCGCGCGAGGGCGCGUUGCAAUUGGACUCUUCUUCUCUCAUGCUUUGGGUGACCUUGACAUGCGUUUGCAAGUGGCCGAUCUUGUCAUUGAUCGGGCCAGCUCCACGGAUGAUGAGUUUGCCCUUGUCGUGAGCCCAUUGCAAACUCCAACGACCGGUCUCCUCGAGAUUGGCAGCUUUGGUGGCAAAACCAAUGCGUACAAUCUCAGCAUCACCGUCUCGCACUGCCAACAAAAGGUCUGCACAGACAGCCAAUUUGAACCAAAUGACUCGGAGGCAACCGCCACGACACUUCUCGGCAACACUUCAUGGUUUGAUUUGGAAAUUUGUUUCAGCGGCGAUGAGGACGUCUAUGUCGUGGACGUCUGUGCCAAUGGCAAGCUUCAAGUGGACGUCCGCUUUCGGCAUGCCGACGGCGACUUGGACAUGACUGUCCGCCUCAACGGAUUGACAACCAAUGGCAUCUCGGCCUCGGACAACGAGUCUUUUAUUGGUCCCAGCUUCUCUAAUCAAACCGCCCUCAUCAAGGUCUAUGGCUACGUUAAUGCCGUUAAUACCUAUGAACUCGAUGAUAACAACGGUCAAGGCUUCAAAAUCAAACGCGCCGAAGGCGGCUACACCGUGGAGACUGGCUUUGCCAGCGGUUUUGCCUUUGCCGCUGUUGCUGGGCGCUGCAAGUGCACAACCUUGGUGCCGUGCCGCGACCCGCAAGGACUCUCGUGUCUGCGCGCCCGCUACUGCAUUAGUGAUGAAGCAUCUCAAGCUUGCGUCUGGUUCAAACCCUGCACUCAACGCGAUGACACUCGCAUGAAAACUCAGGCCAGCUUUGCGGCGGUCUGUGACGGAAGGCGUGGAGCUCAGCUGACUGCCAACGAUCAACUGGCCAUCUUCAACUUGUCUCGCAGCGUGGUGGACAAGUGCAUCUCUGUCAAAAAGUACCUCGAGCACCUCGAGCACCUCGAGCACCUCGAGCACCUCGAGCACCUCGAGCACCUCGAGCACCUCGAGCACCUCGAGCACCUCGAGCACCUCGAGCACCUCGAGUACAUCAAGCACAUCAAGCACCUCGAGUACUUCGAGUACUUCGAGCACCUCGAGUACUUCGAGCACCUCGAGUACUUCGAGCACCUCGAGUACUUCGAGCACCUCGAGUACAUCAAGCACAUCAAGCACCUCGAGCACGUCGAGUACAUCAAGCACAUCUACCACCUCGAGCACCUCGAGCACAUCAAGCACCUCGAGCACCUCGAGUACAUCAAGCACAUCAAGCACCUCGAGUACAUCAAGCACAUCAAGCACCUCGAGUACAUCGAGUACUUCGAGCACUUCGAGUACUUCGAGCACCUCGAGUACUUCGAGCACCUCGAGUACUUCGAGCACCUCGAGUACAUCAAGCACAUCAAGCACCUCGAGCACGUCGAGUACAUCAAGCACAUCUACCACUUCUACCACAUCUACCACAUCAAGCAUCUCGACCACAUCUGCCACCUCGACCACCUCGACCAUCUCGACCACAUCGACCACAUCGACCACAUCGACCACAUCUACCACAUCAACCACUUCUACCACAUCGACCACCUCGUCCACAUCGACCACAUCUGCCACGACCACCACAUCGACCACAUCUGCCACGACCACCACAUCGACCACAUCUGCCACGACCACCACAUCUACCACAUCAACCACAUCUACCACAUCGACCACAUCGAGCAUCGCGAGCACCACGUCCGUCACCUCCAUGUCGCCCACAGGGAUGGCAUCAACGAACAUGCCAGCAAGCACAACGACCGCAAAUACAUCACCAAGCAGCACAACCAGUUCAUCGUGUGCAGCCACCUUUCCUGCCCCAGGAUGCUCAUGCAGCCCGGACGUGCUGGAACCAAACAGCCCUACAUCACCAGCACUGCUGAGUCCCAACCUGGCUAUGACUGGACUCACAAAACAGACGAUGAAUCAGUCAUGUUAACAAACACCCUUGGACGGGAUGCGGAUGCGACCAUAUCCGUCAUUGGGUUUCUCGGCGAUACAAACACCUACAACCUUUCGAUCAUCACGACGGGCUGUGUCCCAACCGUCAUGACGCCCAGCCUGACCCCAGAAUCAUCAACCACUCAGGAGCGCACGCUUCCUUUGGCAACCAAUGCUUCAGCAGAUAGGACAACGACAAUGGCAGCGACAACAAGCAGUUCAAGUUGUCCCGACUCGGCACUCGAGCCAAAUGAUUCUGUGGCCACGGCCACAAUGAUUGCCACCGACGUGGCCUUGCAAGGACUAGCCAUCUGCGAAUACGGUGACGUGGACGUGUUCAUCAUUCCCGUCUGCCAAUCCGGUGGCCUUGAUAUUCUGCUUGAGUUUGAACACGCCGUUGGCGACCUGGACAUGGCGGUCACUUUGAAUGGCGUUAACACACCCGUCAAUUCCGCGACUGACAAUGAGGUGUAUGUGGGUAUCAGCACAUCCGACCAACUUGCGCAGCUGUACAUCUUCGGUUUUCGCAACGCCACCAACACUUACACGCUGAACAUGAAUAUCGUGCAGUGUUGA